AUGUCAAGUGCUUCGUUACGGAAGCUCUAUACGGUUGGUGAUGCCAUCACUUCUUUCAAGACUGCCGUUGCUCCAGAUGUGGAUGGUUCCUCUAUAAAUCUUCAUUUUGAACCAAGCAGAGAAUCUAUUUCUUCUGAUUGUCUGUUGGCUGCGAUUCAGUUGGAAAACUCGUUUGAAAAUCCCCUCUAUAUCAAAUCCACUCCACCAGUGAGCUCAAUCAAAUCCAAAGACUCUGAAGCAGUUAAAUACGGCAAGAGAAAGGGUGAAAUGUUUCUGGAUAGAGAAUCAGCAAUUGAUUUCAAUCUUCAACCAACCACAACAAUGACAACACCUCAUAAAUUGGUCAAACUUGAAGGUGUUUCAUAUUUUAUGGAAAAUGUCGGGCCGGAGAUUACGUUGUGCACAGUUGGAAAUCAAGUGACAGAAGUCAAGGGCCCUUACUUGAUGGGCUAUGAUUGGCGAGACUACAAGGCCUUAGUAUCGCAGUUGAAAAUGCCGGGACUGAACCAGAAAGCAUUUAAAGUGACUGUUGGUACGAAGGUGGAAAAGAGAACUUCUGUGGGUGUAUCUUACGACGACUUUGGAGAAAUUGUCUAUAAGGAUGAUGAAUUUAUCGUUGGCUCGGUUACUGCCCGAAUUCGCAAGGAAUGGUACAAUAAUAAAACUGAAAAAGAGUUUACAAUUGAAAUUUUGAGGCAUGUAGAAAAUAUUACAGUUGUAAUGUCUGACCACCUCGUUGCCUGGAUCAGAAGAGUUGCUACUCUCAAUGACACCGCUUUGGAAGAAGAGCUCAAUUUGAUCAACAAGAAUUCACUUAAUGCAUUCGCUAGGGCAAUCAGUCGCACACGUCGUCCCGAACUGGACUCUCAUAUUCACAGAAGUGGUGCGUAUGAAGCACAUCCCCACGCAGAUACAAUCAAUUUAUUAUUUUCUGUUGGAGAAGCUGCAUUAUCUGCCAUCAAUUCAGACACACCGGUCAGUCCUGUUCCAUAUGCAGUGAGUCCCCAUAUGGAUAUUAGUGCAAGAAUCAAAGUAUUAACAAGAAGAACUGUCAUUUACAAGUCCGAAUUACCUACCAACAAUCGUACUAACGGACUAACGGACCAAUGCCAAAGUACCUGCAAAUUAGGCAAUUCAUUGGACAAGACCUUUUCGCUCUUGAAAGUUGCUUUCUGA